GGAAAGGCCGGCGUCCCAUGGCCAUGGGGCGUUGGAAGCAGUGUUUAUAAAUCCCCUCCCCCUGCCACUGCCACUCCACAAUUUCAGAACCACCACCACAACGGCAACUGCUUGCUCUUCCAUCAGUUUCGUGUUUCAGAAGAAGGCCGGGCACUGAGUUCUAUUUGGUGACCAGGAGGGUAGUCGAGCUCGAGCAAGAACAGUGAGGAGAGGAUGAUGAUGGACAGGCAGGUUGUCAGGCAAUGCGACAUGGAGGUCAUGAAGAUGGCCAUGCUCAAGCACGAGGAGACCUUCAGGCAGCAGGUCCACGAGCUGCACCGCCUGUACCGGAUCCAGAGGCAGCUGAUGAGCGACCUGACCAGAGACGAGCUGGUGGCCACCCGCCGGCGCAGCAAGCAGCCGCGGCGCGCGCUGAACCUGCAGCUGCCCGCCGACGAGUACAUCGUCAGCGACGACGAGGACGACGAGGGCGCCGGCGCGGAGCUGGAGCUGACGCUCGCCGUCGGCGGGCGCUCGGCCGGCCGCCGCAAGAACAACAACAGGAGGAGGCAAGAGCAGCACGGCAGCCCCGGCGGCGGCGGCUCCUCCCCGUUCGGGUCCGACGACUGCUCCGGCGCGAGCCUCCUGUCGUCGUCGCCGUCCUCGGCCGAGUACUACUCCGACGAGGCGCCGGCGGCGGUGUUCCAAGCGCCGCCGCCGCCGUGCCAGAGGGCGAUGGCAUUCGACCUCGGGGACGGGAUGAUGAGGCAGCAGGCGCCGUGGCUGAUGCAGUGCCAGCAGUAUCUCAGCCUCAGGAUGACAUGAACAUCAGAACAUGCAGAGAAGAUCACCAUCCGUAUCAAUCACAUUGUACCAGAGUGUGCUGUGUUGUAGAAGAAGCAGUAGCCGCUAGUUUUUUUUCCCUUUUCCAUUUUUCUUUUGUGCUUGCUAUGUCCUAGGUGGCCAAUGGAG